AUGUCGUACCCAGGAGAAGACACGAACAUUCCCAGAAGAGUAAUAGAGGCUCUAGAGGACCAGCCUUUGAGCUACCUGGUUCCCAAAGAUGGACUGGCCGCGUUAGUGAACGCCCCAAUGCGGGUUUCUUUACCUUUUGACAGAACGGUUUUUACCAGCGCUGAUGAUGGCAGAAAAGUAAAUAUAAACGUUUUUAGUACAACUAACACUACUACUCCUUCCAUAAAGAAUGAGGCCGAACAAGACAGGCUUGUUUUCAGGAGACCUGAUAACUUCACAUUAGCAACCAAUUCUGUGGAUUAUGUUCCAACAAACUUUUUGGAGGGACUAUCACCGCUAGCGCAGAGUGUUCUGUCAGCCCAUAAAGGGUUAGUUGAUUCUAUUAAUAUCGAGAAAAAAAGUGAGAUAGUAGGCGGACUGCAGCAAAAGCAUAAGCUUGAAAAUAUAACUUCGAAUGCUGGUAACUUGAGUUUUAAUGACGACUCUCCAAACAAGAAAACCAAAAUAUCAACAGGUAUAACAAUGACACAGGCGAAUAUAGCAAAACAAUAUUUGAAUGAUCUAAGAAAGAUUUUAGAUAUUGUAGGGUUUGACCAAAACUCUGCUGAAAUUGAAAAUAUCGAGUAUUGGCUCCAGCUGCCAAAUAAAAAAUUCGUUUUAACUACAAAUUGCUUAAUCAAGCUACAGAUGACAAUUAAAAAUAUCACCGAUAAUCCACAACUAUGGGACUCAAUUGAAAUCAUAUGGCUUUUAAGACUGCUUGAUGUAAUGGUUUGUAACAUAAAUUUCAGUAAAAGCUCCUUAAAGACGGGCUUAGAUGAUUCUACAUUACGAUAUAUUGCUUUACUAUCAACGGUUAUACUAUUCAAUAUUUUCUUACUGGGCAAGAAUGAUAGCAGCCUACAUCGAGAAUCAUACAUCAUGGAACCGCUGAAUUUUCUAAGCGACUUAAUAGAAUCUCUAAGAACAUUAACAGUUGAAUAUAAUUCUUUGAAAAUAGAAUUUGACACUUUUCAGGAGGCCCUAGACUUGCUACCGAAAUACAUAAGUAAUGGCCCAUUUCUGGAUGACAAUGUCACGACAAGGCUUGUGUAUAUUUUUAGUGACUUACUGAUGAAUAGUGACAUUGAAACAACUGCAAAUAUUCAAUUCCAAAGUUUUUGGGAUGAUGUGAAGAGAAUCAGUUCCGAUAUUUUGGUUUCAUUAUUCAGUAGCUUUGACCAGCAGAGAGGGUUUAUUAUAGAAGAGCUAAUAUCCCACGUCGAAAAGCUGCCUACAAAAAGAGUACAAAAAAAGCUAAGAAAAGUUAGUAAGGAGAACAUUUACAUCACUGAUUUUACCUUUACUUUAAUGUCGAUGUUAGAAAACAUUAAUUGUUACACCUUUUGUAGUCAGAUGAAGGAAUUGGUACCAGAAAAUAUUGAACAAUUAAAGAACGAGUACAAAAAACAAGAAGACUUUCUUUUUAACGUUGUUGAGCAUAUAAAUGACACUAUACUGGAGAGGUUUUUCAAGAAUUCAUCCUCUUUACGGUAUGUGAUCGACAACUUUGUCCAAGAUCUAUUAUUGCUGAUUCCUUCACCUCAGUGGCCUGUAGCUGAAAAAAUACUAAGCUCUUUGCUAACGAAGCUCUUGAGGGUAUUUAGCCCAUCAGUGCAGCUCUCCGCAAACAUCGAAACAAUAUGUCUACAACUUAUUGGGAAUAUUGGCUCUACAAUUUUUGAUAUCAGAUGUUCAACAAGAGACCAUGAAGAUAACAACUUAAUUAAAAUGAUCAACUACCCUGAAAAUUUGCCGCAUUUUUUUAAAUUAUUUGGAGAUUGCAUCGCAUAUAAUGAAACGACAAAAUGUCGCCGUUCUGCAACAAGGUUCCUUUGGAACUUAAGGCUCGGUACGGUCUUAAGAUUAGAAGAGUAUACAAAGGAUGCCAAGGAGCAAACUGUAGCUGUCAACGAUGAAUUGAAAAAUAUAUUGGAGCAGAUACUAGGAGGCGGAUUUGGACCUCCAUUAAAAACCAAAGAAACUGAUUUUAGUACGAUUAAAUUGGAUUAUUUUUCUAUUUUGCACGUCUUUGAACUUCUGAAUCUUUACGAUCCGUACUUGAAGUUGAUAUUAUCCCUUUUAGCCAAGGACAAAAUUAAACUGAGAUCCACUGCUAUUAAGUGCUUAUCGAUGUUGGCUUCAAAAGAUAAAGUCAUACUUUCAAACCCGAUGGUUAAAGAAACUAUUCAUCAACGUUUAAAUGACUCAUCUGCGUCUGUUAAGGAUGCCAUCUUAGAUUUGGUUAGCAUUAAUUCGUCAUAUUUUGAAUUUUACCAACAAAUUAACAACAACUAUAACGACGAUAGCAUAAUGGUAAGGAAACAUGUGUUAAAAAUUAAUGAAAAAAUGUAUGACGAGACGAACGAUGUCGUUACGAAGGUAUAUGUGAUAGCAAGAAUUCUCAUGAAAGUCGAAGACGAGGAGGACAAUAUAAUUGAUAUGGCUAAACAGAUUUUAUUAAACAGAUGGAUAUUAAAGGUACAUGAAUUAUUGGAUCAGCCUGAAAAGUUGAAGGAAAUUUCUUCCUCGGUCCUGAUAGUAAUAUCUCGUGUUGCUAUAAUGAAUGAGAAAUGCUCGCAACUUUUUGAUUUAUUUCUCAACUUUUAUCUCUUAAAUAGAGAAGCGCAUUCAAAAGAAACAUACGAAAAAAUCACACACGUUCUAGCAACUCUUACCGACUUUCUGGUACAAAAAAUUGUUGAGCUCAACUCAGAAGAUACAAAUGAAAAGAAUUCGAUUAUUGAUAAACAAAACUUUUUGAAUCUUUUGGCGAAAUUCGCUGAUUCUACGGUGUCAUUUUUAACUAAAGACCACAUCACAGCCUUAUAUCCUUAUAUGGUAUCGGAUGAAAAAUCUGACUUUCACUAUUAUAUCUUGCAAGUGUUUAGAAGCACUUUUGAAAAAUUGGCUAACUUCAAACCAAAAUUUUUGUAUGAUUUAGAGACGACCCUUUUGAGCAGACUGCCAAAGAUGAACGUAAGAGAGAUAGAUGAAGCUAUGCCUCUUAUCUGGUCUGUCGCCACUCAUCGUCAUGAUACCACUAGAGUAGCUAAAGCAUGUUCAUCCUGUCUUUCCCAUCUACAUCCUUACAUAAAUAAAGCGAAUAAAGAGGAAGCUGCCAUUGUAAUUGACGGAAAAUUGCAAAGGCUAAUAUAUUUAUCCACUGGUUUUGCUAGAUUCUGCUUUCCUAAACUCUCGAAUGAAAAAAUUGCAUUUUUACAAGAAGAUGAAACUCUGUAUGAACAUGUUACCAAGUGCUUACUUGUUCUAUCGAAAGGCAAAAUUACCCACGUAAUAAGAAGAGUUGCCGUGAAAAACCUCACUAAGUUAUGUGGAAAUCAUCCUAAACUAUUUAAUUCGAGACACGUCCUACAUUUGCUGGACAAGGAAUUUCAAGGCGAUCAGUUAGAUAUCAAACUAGUGAUUUUAGAAAGUUUAUUUGAUCUUUUUUUAUUGGAAGAAAGGAAAUCAGUGAGAAAUACCGGCGUUAAUAGCACUUUGUCUUCCAAUUCCAUUCUGAAAAAGAAAUUAUUGAAAACGAAAAAGGCAGAGUUUGCAAAUGAUGGUGUAUGUUCAGCGUUAGCUACUAGAUUCUUAAACAAUAUUCUCCAGCUAUGUCUUCUUCGUGAUCUAAAGAAUUCUCUCGUAGCUAUCAGGUUGUUGAAGUUAAUUUUGAAAUUUGGUUACACAAAUCCCUCUCAUUCUAUCCCAACUGUCAUUGCUUUGAUUGCCUCUAACAGCCAAUAUAUUCGCCAUGUCGCUUAUGAGAUUUUAGAAGAUCUUUUUGAAAAAUACGAAACGCUAGUGUUUAGUAGUUUAUCACGAGGAGUUACCAAAGCAAUACAUUACUCUAUUCACACAGAUGUCAGGCAUUAUUACAAGCAUGAUUAUUUUUUGUCUUUACUUGAAAAAUUAUGUGGAACUGGAAAAAAAAAUGCUCCGAAGUUCUUCAAAGUUGUGAAGAGAAUCAUGCAAUCCUAUUUUGAUGAAGUUACGGACUUAACAUCAACAACUACUAGUGUUCAAAAGUCAAUUUUCGUUCUUUGUGCUAACAUUUCGAAUAUUACAUUUGUUUCUCAGUACGACUUGGUAUCCCUACUCAAAACCAUUGAUUUGACAACAGACAGACUAAAAGAGAUUAUCAUGGACGAAAUAGGUGAUAAUCCUUCAUCAUUAUCCGAAUCAGAAGAGAAGCUCAAUGGGAUGAUUUUAAUACAGUUAUGUUUACAGGACUUGGGUAGUUAUUUACUGCACGUGUACGGGUUAAAAAAUGAUGUGCUUCUAUUAGAUAUGGUAGAAGAAUCGGAAUUGAAGAAUAAACAACUUCCUGCAAAGAAGCUGGAUAUCAAUAAGUUUUCUGCACAGUUAGAAAAUAUUGAGCAGUAUUCAUCAAACGAUAAACUUAUUACAUAUUUCAAAAAACACGUGAAAGAUACGUAA